UAGAGAGGAGCCUGUUUCCAUGGCAACCCGGGAGGCUGAACAUGCUGGCGUCUUUAAAGCUGCAGGGAUGAUUCCCAGCAGCUCUGAGCACAUCGAUUCAAUAAAGAAGACUUUUUAUUUUUUGGACUGAACCUUCACGAACACUAAACUUGUGCAGAUGUCCUCAYUGCGCAUGCGCUCGGCUAAUAAAAGCCCUUCCAGCUGUCCCUGCAGCAACGUUYGGUUUGAAGAGGAGAUGUUUUCUCAUCUGAGCAGCUCCCUCAGCAGCGUCACGCCAACGCGUAAAAAAGACCAGUGAUAACGCGGGRGCGCGCAGCAUCGCCGCGGCGCGCAUGCACAGCUGCCAGCACCAAGGACAGCAGCCCGGGAGAACCAGAACCGAGACGCGGCGGUGGCAUCAGGCCGGACCGGACUGACAACCCCGGGGAGGAGGCUGGAGGGACACUUUGGGUUUUAUUUUAUUUAUUUUUUAUCUUUUAGUGCAGGAAAAACCGGGCUGAUGAAGCGGUUUGGAUGUCCCCUCAUCUGAUCCGGCGCAUUCCUCCGCACUGAGCAGCGUUUUUCUCUCUUCCUUUUCUAACCUCUCGCGCUCAACCGCCCACCUGGAUCGUGUCCGCGCGCCUCCAUCCGAGCCGAGCCGAGCCGCCGCCGCCGCCGCCACCGGGCAGGAGACAAUCAGGGACCGAGCUGCGCCGCUGUGCCGCUCGGUGCUGCGCGCCAUGCGGCUCUUUCUGCUGGCGGUGCUCUUCUCGUGCUCCUGCGCGCGGGCCGGCUGCGAGCCCAAGAUCGUCAACAUCGGGGCCGUCCUGAGCCAGAAGAGGUACGAGCAGGUCUUCAAGGACGCCGUGAACCAGGCCAACCUGGUCUACGGCCGGGACAAGUUCAAGCUGACCGCCAUCUCGGUAACGCACAAACCCAACGCCAUCCAGAUGGCCCUGUCGGUGUGUGAGGACCUGAUCUCCAGCCAGGUCUACGCCAUCCUGGUGAGUCACCCGCCCCAGUCCAGCGACCACCUCACUCCCACGCCCGUCUCCUACACCGCGGGCUUCUACCGCAUCCCCGUGGUCGGGCUCACCACCCGCAUGUCCAUCUACUCCGACAAGAGUAUCCACCUGUCCUUCCUGCGCACCGUCCCGCCUUACUCCCACCAGGCGCACGUUUGGUUCGACUUGAUGCGCGAGUUCAACUGGAACCACAUCAUCCUGAUCGUGAGUGACGACCACGAGGGCCGGGCUGCUCAGAAGAGGCUGGAGACCCUCCUGGAGGAGAGGGAGACCAAGAAUAAAAAAAGGAACUAUGAAAACCUCGACCAACUGUCCUAUGACAACAAGCGAGGACCUAAGGCAGAGAAAGUCCUACAGUUCAGUCAGGAGACAAACUUAACCACCCUGCUGCUGGAGGCCAAGGAGCUGGAGGCCCGGGUCAUCAUCCUGUCCGCCAGCGAGGACGAUGCUGCCGCCGUGUACAAGGCCGCCCGCUUCCUGAACAUGACGGGCUCGGGCUACGUGUGGCUGGUGGGCGAGCGGGAGAUGUCGGGUAAAGCCCUGAGUGAGGCACCAGAUGGUCUGAUCGCCCUCCAGCUCAUCAAUGGAAAGAACGAGUCGGCGCACAUCAAUGACGCGGUGGCCGUGGUGGCCCAGUCCAUUCAGGAGCUGUUCGAGAAGGAAAACAUCACCGAACCGCCGAGGGGAUGUGUGGGCAACACCAACAUUUGGAAAACCGGACCCCUCUUUAAACGGGUGCUGAUGUCAUCUAAAUACCCAGAGGGCCUCACGGGACGCGUUGAGUUCAAUGAUGAUGGAGACAGGAAGUACGCACACUACAGCAUCCUGAACUACCAGAAGUCUCGCCUUGUUCAAGUCGGCAUUUACAACGGAACUCAGGUGGUGAUGAACAAUCAGCGGAAGAUCAUCUGGCCUGGAGGGGAGACCGAAAAACCACAGGGCUUCCAGAUGUCCACCCGAUUAAAGAUCGUGACCAUCCACCAGGAGCCUUUUGUCUACGUGAAACCYACUCAGCAGGAUGGAACAUGCAAAGAGGAAAUGACAUUAAAUGGAGUCCUGAUUAAAAAAGUUAUCUGCACAGGGCCCAAUGAGACCAUCCCAGGACGUCCAAUUGUGCCCCAGUGUUGCUAUGGGUUCUGUAUCGAUCUCCUGAUCAAGUUGGCCAUGACCAUGAACUUUACCUAUGAGGUGCAUCUGGUGGCUGACGGGAAAUUUGGAACUCAAGAACGGGUGAACAACAGCAACAAGAAAGAGUGGAACGGCAUGAUGGGUGAGCUCCURGGGGGACUGGCCGACAUGAUUGUUGCCCCGCUGACUAUAAACAACGAGCGGGCYCAGUACAUCGAGUUCUCCAAACCCUUUAAAUAUCAAGGACUCACCAUUCUUGUCAAAAAGGAAAUCCCUCGAAGUACGCUGGAUUCAUUUAUGCAGCCUUUCCAAAGCACGUUGUGGCUGUUGGUGGGUCUUUCGGUGCAUGUGGUGGCGGUGAUGCUUUACCUUCUAGACCGGUUCAGUCCGUUUGGAAGAUUUAAAGUAAACAGUGAAGAAGAAGAAGAAGAUGCCCUCACCUUGUCGUCUGCUAUGUGGUUCUCCUGGGGGGUGUUGCUGAACUCUGGAAUAGGAGAAGGUGCACCACGCAGCUUCUCAGCGAGAAUCCUUGGCAUGGUGUGGGCUGGCUUUGCUAUGAUCAUUGUGGCCUCCUAUACUGCCAACCUGGCAGCCUUCUUGGUGUUGGACCGGCCUGAGGAGCGCAUCACCGGCAUCAACGACCCAAGGUUGAGAAACCCGUCUGACAAAUUCAUCUACGCCACGGUAAAGCAAAGCUCCGUGGACAUCUACUUCCGGCGACAGGUGGAGCUUAGCACUAUGUACCGCCACAUGGAGAAGCACAACUAUGAGAGUGCCGCCGAGGCUAUCCAGGCCGUGCGUGACAACAAGCUGCAUGCUUUCAUCUGGGACUCUGCGGUGCUGGAGUUUGAAGCCUCGCAGAAGUGCGACCUGGUGACCACGGGAGAGCUGUUUUUCCGUUCGGGCUUUGGCAUAGGCAUGCGCAAGGACAGCCCCUGGAAACAGAAUGUGUCCCUGGCCAUUCUCAGUUCUCAUGAGAAUGGCUUCAUGGAAGACCUAGAUAAAACCUGGGUGAGAUACCAGGAGUGUGACUCACGGAGCAAUGCCCCAGCCACACUCACCUUUGAAAACAUGGCAGGAGUCUUCAUGCUGGUGGCUGGAGGCAUCGCGGCAGGAAUCUUCCUCAUCUUUAUCGAAAUCGCCUAUAAGCGCCAUAAAGACGCCCGCAGGAAGCAGAUGCAGCUGGCCUUUGCGGCCGUCAACGUCUGGAGGAAGAACUUGCAGCCCUCUUCCUCUCUAGAGACUCAGGAUGAUAGGAAAAGUGGUAGAGCAGAGCCCGACCCCAAAAAGAAAGCCUCUUUUAGGUCCAUCAGUACCACCCUGGCCUCCAGCAUCAAGAGACGUAGGUCCUCCAAAGACACGGUAAGGAGAUGAAGAAGCAACAACUUCCCUUGCCCUCUUCGUCUUUUCUCUCCUCCUCCUCUUCCUCUGUCUCUAAUUGUCUCCUUUUUCUGUCCUCUCUGCAUACAUCCCCAUAUCUGACCACGAAAGAGUCCCAUGUCCAGAUCACCCAUUUCCACGCAGCUCUGGCGUGACCAAGUGUCUGUCCCUUCACCAUCGAUCAGCCAUCACCAUGUAGGGUUUAUAGCUCAAUUAGCUCCUACAAGACCAGAUCCAGGACCAGUCAGGCCAGCCUAGUUCAGAUGCUGAGUCCUGAAUUUUGGGGAAACGUCCGGGAUUGGUACUUUUUUUUUUUUUUUGAGGAGGGGAUUGGAAGAGGUUGGGGGUGACAAAAGCAAGCACUCUGCCAGUGAUGUUUUGUCUUGGGCUGCUCUUCCUUCCUGCCUCUGGUUUGGAUGUAAAUCCUGGUAGUCGUGCUUUUGUUGAUUUUUUUGGCGGUGGUGGUGUUGUGGUGUAUGCCGUGCGUGASCGUGUAUUUUUGAUCAUGUCCUGUUGUUUUGACUGCUUGAUCCCAUCGUUUUUUUUGCACCAGUCCUGCACUUCUUUAGUUCGUUGUUGUUGUUAUUUUUGCUKUGAGCAUGCAACGGUGUUCUCUAUCUUUUUUGUUCCCAAAUCCAUUUUUCAAGGCAGUCGUGACGGUCAAGUCCUCCUAAGAAGAAAAAACCCAGCGUGUUGUCUGACUUACCAACAUGUCUAUUUCAGGAUUCCACUCAUGGAUUUCAAUUAAUAAGUUUACUUUUUUAUUUUAUUUUUUUGCUUCGUCAUGAUUUUCUUUGUCAUAAUUUCUUGUUUAAUUUCCAGCGUCCUUGUGGUCUGAAAUGUGCAUGCCUUUUUCAGGGUAUAUUUUCAGGUGAAGACGAUGUUUGAAYAAUUUAUUUUAUUUAUAAGAAACUCUGAAGCCUUUAGACUUUCACUGUGACAAGGCAAGCAGGAAAAAAACAACAGUUUUGAAUGAUUUUAACACUUUUGUUGCAGCAUGAAAGUGUCGGGUUUUGUGCAAUUUCUUCACAGUUUGUUGGGAAAAAAUCUGCUGUAAGAGGUUGUGAGACGGUUCUGAAAAAGCACGACAAAUUAGCCAGACCAGAUCAAAUAAAACAGAUUGAAUUUUUGUUGUUAUUGCUCAGAAAACUUGGCGCUUUGGAUGUUUCCCAUGGAGGAUGUAGCGUUUGGCGACUAUGUUUUGCUAAAAUGCUACUAAGAAAAAGAAAGUUYGGUUUUUAUUUGAUUUCCUGUCUACUUCUUGUCACAUAUUGUCCUUUUUAUGACUCUGUAUGCAUUGAAUCAAACGAUUCUUUAGUUAGUUUUAUAUMAAGAGCUGAAGACUGUCGUAAAUAUUUUUGGUGAAGGUUUAGAUGUUAGUUUGGGAGCCUCAUUUGGGGAAAAAUUGUCUUUAGAGUAAUAGUUCGGGUGUUUUGAAGUGUGGUUUUGUGGAAGGGUUAUCUUCUUUAUUAUCAAUAUCUUUCUAAAUGACCUCUGUUUAAAAUAUAGUUUAAGUCCGACCAAACUGACGUGCUAMUGGUUAAUAUUAGCGAAAACAAGUCCUAAAUGAACCACUGUCUUCUUAAAACCACUCCAAUCUGAAAGGUUUCAAAGAAGUUCAUGAGAAAAUUGAUUUGUAAAACUUUAUCAGUGUUGAAUUAAAUGAUUUUAGCAUUAAUAUCAUGAUAUUCCUACCRGAAAUGCACCAGACAGCAUUAUGCUGCUGACAAGCCAACAGCUAAUCUCAGACAAAACAAUCAAUAUGGACUGCUGCUAAUCUGGAUAAUUUUACAGUUUUCAAAACAGUUGAUGAGAAUACUAAUUUAAAACAUUUAACACUGCUUUCAAUGCUUUUUUUUAAAUAGUUAUUUUUCACAAACAGUAUAUUUCUACAGGAAACACCAAAGACAGCUUAUUYUACUGAUGACAGACAAGCUAAUAGCUAAUCUGAGCAAAAAACAAGACUAAAGUGAACCAUUGUCAUCUUAAAAACAACUUCAAUCUCAUUAUUUUCAAAGCAGUUCAUGAGAAAAUUAAUUUGUAAAACUUUACACUCCUAUCAGUGUUGUGUUAAUUAGUUAUUUUUGCAUAAAUAUCAAGAUAUUCCUAUGGGAAAUGCUUCAAACAGCAUUAUGCUACUGACAAGCUAMCAGCUAAUCUCAGACAAAACAACCAAAAUGGACUGUUGGAUAAUUUUACAGCUUUCAAAACAGUUCAUGAGAAUGCAAUUUUUUUUAAUUAACACUGCUUUCAAUGCUUUUUUUUAGAAAGCUUGUUUGUUCUGCUGACGACGGACAAGCUAAUGGUUAAUCUGAAUGAAAAACAAGUCUAAUCUCAACAUUUUUWAAAGUGUUUCAUGAGAAUAAUAAYUUAUAAAACUUUUGACUGCUCUUACUGUUGUCUUAAAUUGUUAUUUUAGCCUAAAUAUUAUGAUGUUCCUGCAGGAAGUACAUCAUACAGCAAUGCUACUGAGAWGCUAAUGGCUAAUCUGAGCAGAUUAGGAGAAUUUAGUUCUCCUAAAACAAAUAUAGUGUCAAAAUUUCCAGAGCAGUUCAUUAGAAGACUAAUUUAUAAAAUGUACCACCGCUUUUAGUGCUGUAUCAAAUCAUUAUUUUUAAAUAAAUAGUAUAUUCCCGCAGCAUUGCUCCAGAGAGAUUGUUUUAUUGACAAGUGACGAGCUAAUGGCUAAUCUGAGUGAAAAAUUAGACCAAAACAUACCAUAAUCUUAAAACAGGUCUAAAUCUCAAAAAGCAGUUUAUGAGUAAACUAAUAAGAAAACUUUACACUUCUUUCUGUUUUKUUAUAUAAGGUCAUUUGUGCAGGACGUGCCCUAGACACCGCUAUGCUACUGCUAGCUUUAGCCGUUGCUAAUUUGCUUUGCAAAUAAAGAUAUUUGUAAACAAACAUAUAUUGUAAACUUAUUAGUGGUGUAAAGGUUUAGCAAAUAUUUGCAWAGAAAUGUUUAAGAUUUGAUUUWUUUCUGUACACUUUCGUAGUUAUUUACUAACAAAAGCUGUAGCAUCAGAAGCUAGCUGAAAUAUUGUUUUAUGUUUAAUGUUUCUGAUAGUUUAUUGUAAAACUAACAUCUAUGUGAAGAUUGAACCGUGAGCCACUUUUUUAAAGACYGGAGUUGUUUUACGACAGAAACAAUCCAGUUAGCUCUCGGCCCUGUUCAGCUGUUCGCUCAAGAAUUCGAUCAGAAAUUAAACUGAUGUUAGCCAAAGAGCUUUUAUAAAGCAUAAAACAUUGAUCGUUUAAAACCUUUCCACAWAACAUCACUUUAAAUUAUCCAAACUAUCCCUUUAAGUUGAAAUCUAAGCAGCAUUUUGAAUAUUGUUUUAAACAGAUGCUGUAAAACGAUCCACCAUCUUCAGUCUUUGACCAUUAUUUUAAUUUUAUAUCAAUGUUAUUCUUUUAUAUUAAUGGAUAUCAAUGGACUUCGAGUGUCAGUGUCCCUCACCCACAUGCCACACUGCUCCUCUCUUCCUCUGCAAGCAUGCUGAUUACUUUACCUGUCGUAGCUGUAGCAACCGUAGAAACAGUCUGUAGAUUGUCUGAUAGAGCUUGAUAAGCAGUACCUGUGCUUGUGAUGUCAGUCGUGUUUCUUUUUUUUUUUAAACUAGUCCACUUGACCCCCCAGUAGGGUGCGCUCUUAACAGGAAAAAGACACAAGAAGAACCAAACGAGGGGCCGUAAGCUUUACGACGAUGAUGAUGAUGCAACUUAGUGGGUCAAGGGGAUGGGGGACAUCCACUCUGAUUCCUGCAACUUCAACUAAAAACAAAAAAAUAAUACAAAUCAGUCUGGAUGUUGCUCUGUCUGUUAGCAUGUUAGUUGCAUCAUAAGAUCAAUYGCUUUAAUGUUUUGGCUUAAAAUUAGCAAUUAAGAGUAAGAUAAAGACACACGAGAUGGGCGCAGCUUCCCUUUUUUUUUUAUUUAAUCAGCUUUAUUAUUUGGAUUUUGUAAUUCAGUAAACGAACAUUACCUUCCUCAAUCCUCUAAUUGUGCUCGAAAAAAUGUAUAAAUAUGAAAAAUGUUUGCUGUAGCUGAUGAAAUUUAAAAGGUUUAAUCGACUGCUUUUUUUAUAUUAUGUGUUUAAUUAAAAAGGGAAUGUUUAGRUUUGUGGUGAACAAUAAUCAUCUUACCUGUUGUAGAUGGCUCUUGGAACAACCUCUGAUUAGUUCUGUCUGGAUUCAAGAGCAGGCUUAACUAGAAGGUCUUGUGGGGAGGAGAUCAGCUCGUUUUUAUUUUAUUUAUCUUUUGAUYUUGCUGUUCCUGACAAAACCUGAAWAUCCUUAUAAAUUUUAUUGUUUGUCUUGUCAUAAUUGUUUGUAAUGCUCCCRUAAAUUUAAAAUAACUACUGCCCUCUAGUGUUCAUUCAGGGUAAAAAUCAWCAGCAUWGAAAUCCAUUAUUUAUGCKGYGUUCACACCGAACGCGAUUUCAGCUUCAAAAUCGCAGCCAACGCUUUCAGUUGGUCGUUUGUGCACUUUGAGG